AAUGGUAACACUAACACAUAAGCAUUAGCGUGAGAGUGAGAGGAUAGGAUAGGAUGUCUCACUUCGGAAGGUGGGGUCCACCGGAUAUCAGCGACACAUACUCUCUGCUGGUUCUCAACAUCGCCUUUCGUACAACCGCCGACGACCUUUUCCCUCUCUUUGAUAAGUAUGGUAAGGUCGUCGAUAUCUUCAUCCCCAGAGAUCGAAGGACCGGCGAUUCCAGGGGCUUCGCUUUCGUCCGUUACAAGUACGCCGACGAGGCUCAGAAAGCCGUCGACAGGCUCGACGGCAGAGUCGUCGAUGGCCGGGAAAUAACUGUCCAGUUCGCUAAAUAUGGCCCUAAUGCUGAGAGAAUUUCAAAAGGAAGGGUUGUUGAACCAUUGCCGAGAUCUAGUAACAGGUCAAGGAGCCGCAGUCCUCCAAGGAGAAGGUAUCGCGAUGAUCACAGGGAUAAUAGGAGUCAUGAACGUGACAGGUACCGUUCAAGAAACGACAGAGAUUAUCGUCGUCGAAGCCGGAGUCACUCACCGGAUAGUCGAAAAAGUACUUCUCCGAGGAAGAAGAGCCGUCAUGGACGGUCACCUACACCUGCCAGUGUCUCUCCACGCCCUCGACCUGAUGAUGCUUCCCCGAGGAUAUCCCCUCCAAAUUCUGGUGGUGAUGAAUGAGCUCUGUUUUCCUUGUAAAAUUCUGGAGACGUAUUGAGUAGUAUUCCUGUGGCGAUUUUUGCUAAUGUUGGAUCUUUAAAUCAUUGUGAAUGGUCUUAUAGGAUUCAAUGGAGGAUUUUAUGAACUAUGUGCUGGUUUGGUAGGAUCUGACUUCCUUGAUGUUUUGAUGCUACUGUAUUUUGAGCUAAUGUGUCUUCUACUUGGGAAUUUGGUAACUAUUGCACCUUGUGGUCGAUUGAUUAAUAUCUCAGUCUAUGAUGGAUUGUCAUUAUUGUUUCAUUUAGGUUUUUUUAUUUUUCUCGUUAUUUUUCCUACUUCCUACGAAGGCAUGGUCGUGAUUGAGUUAAAGCUCAGUUCAUAGACUUCCUAAUUUAUGAUGAACAACUUAUUGGUCUUUAUAGUUAUGAAAGGGAAAAGUGAUGGGCCCUGAUAGGUGCAUGUUGACAUCGUUGCUAUUGAUGCUGUUUCUAUGUCAUGGUCGUGAUUUUGGUGCUGGUUGCAAGAGUAUGCUGGUUUUAGAAGUAUGAUUGAUUUACCGGUAUGCUGGUUUGGUGGACUUAGUUGACUUUUCUUUUCUUUUUUCUGAAUGUUGUGAUUAUUGGUAAGAUAUUUGGUUUACUUUGUUAUUUCUUCUGAAAAACCUCAACAACUGAGAAUUCUGAUUUUGAUCUGAAAAUCUGUGUCUGGUCUUUCACUGAAAUAAAUAAAAUGUUCUGAAAGGGUUUCUUGGUGCGGAGAUGGACACAAGUUGAACGUAGUUUGACAUGUAGCUGAUGCCUCAUAGGAGUUGAACCUGUUCAUAUGUAAAUUCAGAUGCAUAUACUAAACCUAAACUGUGGCCUAAAUAUGAAUGCUAAUUUGCUGGUGUGGUAUUUCCAAUCACAAUGAUGCGGGGAUGAUAUGGUAACACAUUCAUGAUUAAAUUUUUAGGGUAUUUUUCUGGAUACUGCCUCAUUUAACAUUGACUUUUUGAGAUUAUGAUUUAUGCAUCUUCUUUUGUGUGAUUAGCUUGUGUUAGGGAAUAAUUUGGAGAACUAACCAAUAACUGCAUGUAGCUCUGUUGCUGUCCUUUAUGCUGGGGUCAGGUUGGCAAUGUUAUUAGCGGCUGGCACUGAUUAUGGCUGUCUAGCUGUCCUGCCGAAUUCUGUUGAAUCCAAAACUGCUUGACACACAAAUUUUCACUAUAAAGCAGCCGUUAGUUUAUGUAGCUUCUAUCUCAUUUGUCUCAAUUCAUUUUUAAAAUUUUCAUUGACUUAGAAGAUAUAUAUAUAUAGGGUCAGGAUCAUUUUACACCAGUGUAAGUUACACUCUUAAUCUUGACCAUUGAUCUUACUUAUAUCUAAGGGC